UUAAUGUUCAUGGAUGACAUGACAUCAGAUAUGUCGUUCUUGUAGGCAAUGAGUAGCAAUUUGAUGCAAAACAUUUUGAUUUUAACAUUUUUCUGUUCAAGUCGGUGUUAAUAUGUAUUAAUAAGAUUGUAUGAGCUUAUACACGUGUUAGUUGGCGUGACUGAUUUUCUAAUAUAUAAUUAAUUAGGUAUCAAAACUAGGGCAAUGGAUCUUGAGGACAAUGCUAUGGGUCUGACCCAGGAACAGACGGAUAAAAUACUUCAAUUUCAAGAUCUAACUGGAAUAGAAGAUAUGUCAAUAUGUAGAGACGUUUUACAAAGGCAUCAAUGGGAUUUGGAGGUGGCGAUCCAGGAACAGUUGAACAUCCGAGAGGGUCGACCGUCGGUGUUCGCCACAGAGGCCCGCGCGCCGCCAGUUGUUCACGACCACAUAGCACAGCAGGUGUUCACAGACGAGGCGCCAGAAGGCCCCGGAGGCGUGCGAGGCCUGUUCCGCUAUGUGGUCAACUUUGUAGUUUCUAUGUGCUACAGUACUAUUACCUCUGUACUCAAUUUGCUGCUCAGUUUUGUACGCAAUGAUGACAGGAGAUUGGUGACUGACCCCUUGGGGGAUGUGAUGGGUUUCAUCAACAGCUACACAUCAAGGUUCAACCCUCACCCAGUGUUCUACCAGGGCACAUAUGCACAGGCCUUAAAUGACGCUAAGAAUGAGCUGCGUUUCCUAGUUGUGUACCUACACUCUGAAUCAGCUGCAGAGACACAAAACUUCUGCAGGACAACACUGGCUGACAACGAAGUGAUUCAGUACAUAAACACGCAUGCCUUAUUCUGGGGCUGUUCCGUGGAGAGCGCGGAGGGUUGGCGCGUAGCUCAGUCGGUCGGCGGCCGUCGCUACCCGCUGUUGUGUGUCGUGUGCGUACGCGACCAUCGCAUGACGGUUGUCGCGCGGUCUGAGGGCUCGUGUAGCCCUGCACAGUUGUUGCAGAGACUUCGUCAUGUUGUCGCUGAUAAUGAACCUCAUCUCGCAGCUGCUAGGGCUGACAGAGUGGAGCGUGAGAUGACGGCGCGACUGCGGGCGGCUCAGGACGAGGCGUACGCGGAGUCUCUAGCGGCCGACCAGGAGAAGGAGCGUCGCCGCGCCGCCGAGCGCGCCGCCCGCGACCUGCGCGCGCAGCAGGACCUGCAGCGCCGCCAGCAGGAGGAGAGGCACAAGCUGGAUUGCUUGCGGCAGCUGGUGGCGGCUCGCGCGGCGAUGGCGGCGCGGCUGCCGCCCGAGCCCGCGCCCGGCCGCGGCACCGUGGUGCUGCUCAUCCGACUGCCCGGCGGGGAGAGGCUCACCAGGCGGUUCACGCUCACGCAUACCACGCAGGAUUUAUACGACUUCGUGUUCAGCCACCCACAGUCUCCCGAGGACUUUGAGAUCACGACCAACUUUCCCAAGCGAGUGCUUGCGCGCGGCGCCAGCAAUCUUUUAGACGUCGGCCUUAAAGACCGAGACGUGCUCUUUGUGAACGAUGUUAAUGCAUAAUGCGAUAGAGUUUACAUACUUACCAUCUUGUCAGGACUGCCACGGAGUAGUGAACAAAUGGAGAGAUUCGCUUUCAACGUCUGAGUAUCAUUUACUAGGAUAAUGGCUACGAUGGUGCUCAACAAUUAUAGCACGUGAUUUUCGAAAUAAAUUAGUUUCGUUUUUGACGUUUUUAUGGGAUUUUUAUUAGCGUCUUUUGUGUGCAUUUUGAAGUUGACGAUUGGCUUGAGUUUUGUCAACCGGUUUUGUAUUUAGAUUUUUCGAUUGUAUUGAAUACUCGUGCUACUUAUUGUGGCUUUUAAAGGUUGUUUGAGUUCGUCUUAAUGUGAAGAGACUCGGAUACAUGAAAAAGGCUGUAAAUGUGUAAUGGACACUCCAUUUGUUCUCUACUCCGUGGUUGUAUGCGUUUUGACGUUCAUUGUAAUUACGGCCUUGUGUCGGCCGCUGGGUAGUGGAACAUGUACAUAAUACGCUGAACAAGAUACACGUAGAGAACAACUUCUAAAGUUGCAUCAACACCUAACUUCAUGACCAAUGUAAGUAUCUUACUCAGGACUGCUCAUGAGAUAGUUGUACAUAUAAAUUUUAAACCACAUGUAGGAGCAGUUAGACUACACAAUUCAAUUUUAGACACAUCAGAUAAUACCUGAAAUGGCUUUAAGAUCGUAAUAUUUCAUUAUUUCACCAAGGUUGAUACUCAUCUUGCAGAGCAAUGACUCAAAAUGGGCGGUCCCCAUAGCAAUGAUUGACAUUAUCAUAAAUUAUUCUAUUAUUUAUAUUGUACAAUUUUACUCUUAUGAAUUUGUUGAAAUGUCAAUUGGUCCGUCAGUGGGAUUGCCCAUUUUGUAAAACCAUUUUUCUGAUUGUUACGCCAAGAAGGUAUUAUACCCGGGCUCUAUACUCUGGCCUCAAUAUAUUAAUUGAUUGACUCACUUGAGCCUUUUUGACUAUUGGGCUCAACUUUUGAACCAUGAUUGUGACUGGCGCGUGGAGCCCGGGUGUUUCUGAUUUCGAGAUUAGGGCACCCUGCAAAAAAAGGGUAACACUAAUUUUGUACUUAAAUGUAAUAACUUAUAAUAAUGCAAUAAGGUCCCUUUUUGUUUGUGUUGCAACAUCGUCAUUUUGUGAUCGCUGGACGAUUGCAAGAUUUGUUUUUUGUCCCCAUGUAGAACUGUAAUAACAAAUCUGUAGUUUGGUUAGAUUUAAUGAAAUAAUAAUAAUAAAUAUUAGAAGGUCAGGAAAUUGGACUUGUGUCAAUAUUUCAAUGAAUUAAUUGUCCAUGUACGUCAAUAGAAUGUAUUUUUUAUCAAACCCGGGUAAAUAAGGACAUUAUUGAGCAUUAGCUUCUCUCCUAAUGGCCUUGUAAUACCGGAUAGCUUCUUUACACUCCAUUGAAUGUGACUUGUAUAAAAUUGAGCAGUUGAUAAUUCUAAACGCAAUAUUUUAAAUAGUAUGUCUUAUAAUGUGUAUUCAAUCUUAAGAGUCGAAAGUUACUAUCGUAUGAUGCAAUCGGACUUGACAUCGUUCAAUUGUGAUGCUCAAAAAUGUGCGUGUAAGUACUACAAUAUAGGGCGGUUUAAUACGAGUUAAAGGAACAAUCUUGACUUAUAACUUUCGAGUUUACAAGGGCGAAAAUCCCUCUUAUUGUGAUAUUCGAGUGUUGUAUGUAUGUGCUAAAAUAUUGUGUAGGUAUCCUAAACCAAAAGUGGAAUUAAGACAUACUAUAAUUGGAAGAUGUGUGAAUUAAUUGCAUAUCACGUUUUUUUUUCUAAUCAGGAUUGCUUUUAUUGUUUAUAAGUUUGUAAGAACUGUUCUUACGCUAGUAAAGACAAAGGUUUUGUGUCCACUAUGUUACCUAUCUGUACACGGGAAAAUUUGUUUGAGUGUUUGAAUUCCUGCUCGUCCGCGGUAUAACUCAGAUAACUUUGAAAGUAUCGAAAUUGUCACUAAUUUUAUACCUAAAUACCGCAUUUGUAAAUACCUGUGAUAACUUUGGUGACGGAGGACCCCAAAAUUUCAGUGCAAAGCUUUGAAAUCGAUUAUGGAACGGGCCUCAAAGAGGUUUGUCCUCCUAAAUUUGAACAAAUUUUCCGUCGUGUUGGCAUAGCUAUAAUAUAAAAUUAGUUUUGUUCCUUUUGUAAGAUAACUCAGAAUUUCUAUUUGUAGAACUAAUUUGUUUCGUUCAAUCGGAGUUAUGGACAAAAAUAUUGUCCUCAGUCCUCAAUAUUUGGUUGGAUUUUAGCUCCCAUCUGGUUCGGUUUUGUCGCUCUAAAAAUGUAAGGGACAAAACUAAUUUUAUUUAGGUAACUAUGUAAAUCUACCUACAAUUAGUAAGUUAUGAUUGAUAUUUUAUAAGAUAGCGGUUAAAUUAAAUAGAUCAAGGUACAUAAUGUUAUUUUUGUCUUUCAAUUUCGUUGAGUGAUGCUUACUAAGGGCGCGUUCUGCAUGUGCGAAUCAAUGCGAUUGCGAAGCGAAUUGAAGGAUGUACGUUGCGCCACGUCACGUAGUCCACAAAGAUAUCGACUGUUUGUAGUUUCCGUGUUGCGCCGCGCCGCUUCGCGCUCGCAUCCAGAUCGCUCACGUAGGACGUACCGUAAUAGUUUCUUUUGUUUUUUAUUGUAUAGGUGUUUGAAAAGUAAAUUAUUAUAUCUAAAAGCGUUCCAUUACUGUAACUUAAUUAGGGUUUCUGUUAAUGACUUAGUACCAAAAGAUAUUCGCAAUUUGUUCUUAUUGUGCGCAUUCGGUCAAAAGUUAAAUGCAUUUAUUUCAAAAACUAACUGUGUAUUAUAUUGUUUUGUUGUAUUAUAGUCAUGUUUCUUCCUAAA